CGCCUUCUUCAACACUGCUUCACUUUCUCUUACUCUUGAGCUCAAAUUUCACAUAUUCUUCUCUAAUCAUCUUUCCAAAACCGAGAAUUAGAUAGAUUAUAGAGAGUAAUAACAAGAGAAAUUCAUGGCGCCUGAUGCUUCUGAUGCUCUAGCAGAGAUGGAAAAAUUUCAACAAUUCCUGAAUGCCGCACAGACUGGAAAUUUAGACCUCCUCAAAAAAUUGGCGAAGCAGCUCGAUAGUGGAAAGGGGCUAGCUCAAACGGUAGUAGAUGUGAAGGAUGCCAACCAGAGAGGGGCUCUGCAUUUUGCUGCCAGGGAAGGUCAAACUGAGAUUUGCAAGUAUUUGCUGGAGGAGUUGAAGAUGGACAUUAAUACAAAGGAUGAGGAUGGAGAUACUCCUCUAACGCAUGCUGCUCGGCAAGGGCAUACUGCCCUUGCGAAGUACCUCGUAGACCAUGGUGCUGAUCCUUCCAUACCAAGUGGAUUAGGGACCACUGCGCUGCAUCAUUCUGCUGGAAGAGGGAAUGAAAGGAGGAGGAUCAAAGAAAAGGAGGAAUCGGUAGAAAGAGGAAGGACGAAAUUCAGAGAAGAAGAAAUCGGUGAACAACUCAGAGGCGAGAUUUUGUCGCAUUGCGCAGCUUGCCAGCGGAUCCCAGUCUUUCCGACAUCUCUCCCGAAGAAGCUAGGUCAUGACCAGUCUGGAUCUGGAGCUUCUUCAAGUGCUGCAAGUUGUGCUGGAACUCGUGGAAUGGUCGACACCGAAGAUGAUCAAGUAGUCAACAUUGUUUGUAGUAUGGAAGAGAGGGGCCUUAUAUCUACAGAUGAGCUGUCGAAGAUACUCGACCUAGUCGAUGAAUGGUUUAAACAACCAUGUAUAUUUCUUAGUUUUCUGCUUAGUUCCACACCUUCUCUUGAAAUCAAGGCCCAAGUACUCAAGCAUCGUCUGCGACCCUGAUUUUCUAUGCUGCUUUUCUAAAACUGUUAUUGUUUGUAGUAUGGAAGAGAGGGGUCUUAUAUUUGCUUGUUAUAUUUGCCUGUAUAUACUUAACUUAAGGAUAAUCGUGUUAUUUAAAACUAUAUAAUCUAUUAAAAUAUUGUUCAUUAUUAUUA